CGUUUUUUUUUUUUUUGGUUCUCGCCUUUUUUUUUGUUUUUUUCUGUGUCUGUCUGCCAGUCUGCUCGCAUCUACCAUUCCGCACGACCCAACACACAGCUCACUCCAACUAGCUCACUACCUAAAAAAGCCAAAAAAAAGAAAAGAAAAAAGAAACUAUUUUUUUCUGUCAAAUUUUCAAUUUUAGAUUCUGGGUCUUUGGAUUUUUCUCUGAAUUCCGAACUUAAAAUUAUGUGGGUUUUCAAUCUUUUCCUCUCACCAUAGCCAUUUUUGCUUCUUUUAUUUUUUCAUUUUUCUUCUCAAAAUUUUGUUAUUAUUAUGUCUUCGGUGGAUGAUCAUCGUCUUCAAGCUCCGCUGCUCCGGCCGAGACAGGGCAGCUCCGAAGAAUCCUCUGACCCACCAUCGCCGGCCCGACCCACCACACUGGCCAUGUUGCUGGGUCGGGCCUCGGGUCGGCGUGGACCCUCCAUGUUGGUACGAGAGACGGCGGCUAGGGAGCUGGAGGAGCGGCGAGCCGAUUGGGGUUAUUCGAAGCCUGUGGUUGCUCUGGACAUGAUGUGGAACAUGUCAUUCGUGUUGGUAUCGGUGGCUAUGCUAAUUUUCACGACUAACGAGAAGCCCAAUACACCGAUCCGGCUGUGGAUCUGCGGGUAUGCGCUGCAGUGCGUUGUUCACGUUGUGUUGGUGAGCUUGGAGUACCGGAGGAGGAAUUCUCGGAGGGUCAGGAACCGUGAGUCGCCGGAAUUUUCCGAUGGGUUUAACGAUACCGAAGACGAUGAGGACGAGGAACGCGGCGACAGGGUUACUGGGUCUGAGUCUUUGGGCCGUUCCAGCAAACGAUGUGAAUCAAUUAAUACAAUGGCAUCAUUCCUCUGGUGGAUAGUUGGCUUUUAUUGGGUUGUUUCUGGGGGUGAUGUCCUCGUACAGAAUGCUCCUCGUUUAUACUGGUUGGCUGUGGUCUUUUUGGCGUUUGAUGUCUUCUUUGCCAUCUUUUGUGUUGUUUUGGCAUGUUUGAUUGGAAUUGCUCUGUGUUGUUGUUUGCCAUGCAUUAUUGCAAUUCUUUAUGCGGUAGCGGGACAGGAAGGUGCAUCGGAAGCAGAUCUCAGUACUCUCCCAAAAUACAGAUUUCGAGCAUCAAGCAACGAGGAAAAGCCUAGUGUGGGAGCAGGGACAAUGAUUCCCUUGGAAACAACCAGUGGAUACUUAGCAACUGAACGUGUACUUUUACCCGAGGAUGCAGAAUGCUGCAUAUGUCUCAGCCCAUAUGAGGAUGGAGUUGAUCUCCAUGCUCUCCCAUGCAACCAUCAUUUUCAUUGUACAUGCAUUGUGAAAUGGCUCAAGAUGAAUGCAACAUGCCCACUCUGCAAGUACAACAUUCUCAAGGGAAACGAACCGGUAUAAUAUAUGUAUAUAUAUAUAUAUAUAUAUACAUACCCAUGUACAGAAAUUGUUAAGGCCAAAAGAGCUACUUCUUUAUAUAUAUGUUGAGCUGCAUGAUUUUUUUAGUUUAAGACAGAUUUCCUGCAUAGAAUAUGCGUUGUAUAAAGCUCAAGCGAUACUGAGCAAUCAAAUUUGCAGGCCUCCAAAAUUGUUUCUAAAGUCUAGUUUAGAAAAAUGAUUGUUUAUAGUGGUAUUUUUAAAUAAUUGUUUUUGGCUAUUUAAAAUACUAGUGUCCGAUUUUAUUUA